AUGAACUACGUGGCUGGCUCUCCAAUUGCACAUGACACAGUCCUACCAGCAAAGCAUCCUCUGGCAUUGACAGAUGUUUCUGGCCAAGCUCAAAAAUCAGCGAAACCUGGAGAAGAUUUGAGAAGAGUUGCAGAUGCUUCAAAGUGGGUAAGACGGGAAUAUACCUCCACUUUGCUUCUAAGUGAACUUGAAACUAAAAUGUCAUCAAAUGGAGGAAAAAAUGAAGGGCAUCUGGAUCUGCCAGUAAUGCCCAGAAAAUUACAAGAUGAGUUUGUUUAUAUGAUCCAGUCAUUUUUAAACAAUGUAAUUAAACAAGUAAAUGAUCUAAACAAAUAUGCUGAAGACUUAUGUGGGGGAGUAAUCAAAGAGAUUGAUAGGGCAUCUUUAAGACUUAAGACUUUACAAGACAGUAUAAUAAAGUUAACUGAUUGUAUUAAUUAUAAACUAAAUAAAGGAGUGUACUUGCAAGCUAGAGAAUCAAAGCUUUUUCAAAAUACAACUAUUCAAACGCAACGUAUGUACUUUCCCAAGCAAUUGCCUGCUAAAAUAUGUGAGACACAUGAUGCUUAUGCACAGACAUCAACUUUCAUUAUGUCUUCUCCUUACUACCAAGAUAAUGUGGAAAGAUUAAAGAUUUCAUCUGAUGUAUUACACUCUUUUGACGUUUCUAAAAAUAAAAUUACACCUAAUAGUGGGGAGCAAAAGGGAAGGAAGUCCAAGCAAAAGAAGAAUCACCUAGAUUGUCACAGUGACUUGGAAAAUGUGCCUCAAAGUCAAUUGAUUGAAAAUGUUUCAUUGGGUCAUAUCCCAGUUGUUUAUGGUAAAACAUCUAACAUAUACGUGGAUAAAUCAGUUGAAAGUCCAGUUUCCACUGUCUCAUUAAGUAAGAUGAGUAAAUUUCUAACAUCUGUUGGUAAAGAAUUACCAAAUCAUGUACAACAGCGAAUGUAUGCAGUUGGUAAUGUGAAAAUUCCACGUACCUAUGUCAAUUAUGGAACUGGAAUGGGAGAGGAGUUGAAACCUCAGCCUCGUACUCGUCUUAAAACAGAGGUGUUUGUGAGCCCCACUGCACCAAAUUCACCACCUCCAUUACCACCUAACUGGGUUACUCUGGUAAGAAUGUCAGAGAGAACAAAUAACUCCUCAACAACACAUUCUGCAACUGAGCUUACCUCAACUGUUUUGAAAAAUUCAUCAGCAGUAACUCCUGAUUGCUGGAAGACUACUCUUGAUUCAGGUCUCCCAGUUAAACCACCACAAGUAGAAUUCUCCUCUAAACUAUCCAAACUCUUUCAACAUCAUGAACUAUUAGCAGAUGACCGACUCUCACAAAGUGAAGAUCAGGGGAUGCCUCCAUUUUCAUCUCCUUUUCCAGUAUCUUCACCUAGAAUUCAAUCAAGGAUUUCAGCCAUAGAUGGAACUGGUAACACUUUAGUUGUACAGUCACCAAGUUCUGCAGUUUGUCAAUCUGUAAUUUCUUCAUUUGGUAAAUCACCUAGACCUUUUGCUAAAAAUUUACCAAGAUCUCCAGUUCUAUCAAAACUAAGACCAGAACUUGCAUCGCUACCAAGUCAUUUGGCUCCACUGACAUCAAAAUCUUCAAUUGCCCUAUUACCAACAACUUCAUCCCCACAGACACUACACAGUUCAGUACCACAAAUAACGGUAUCUUCAAUGUCAUCAUCAAGAUGUUCAGAUGCCAAGUCAUCAAACAUUUCAACUGCUCAAGUAUCAAGAUGUUUAGAUAUACAAUCAUCAAGAUCUUCAGUUGCACAAUUAUCAAGAUCUUCAGUUACACAGACAGGACAUUUAAUUAAACCACAACUAAUAGCACCAAGUUUGAAUCCAACAAAAUGUUCCACUCAACAGCCGUUGUUUUCUUCAAGUCGGGCGUUUUCAGUGUCCCAGCCUUCAGCUCAAUUUUGCUCCGGUUUAAAGCAAUUUUCUCCAUCAACUCUACCAGUUGUCACUAAUGCCAAUGCCAGAAGUGCCUUGAUGGAAUCAAUAAGAAAAGGUGUCCUGUUGCGCAAAACUAAAGAUCAAUGUGCAUCUAAUGUAAAAAUGGAGAAUUCUAAAAAUGAAGCAAAUAGUAUCUUGACCCGUCGUAAAGCUAUGGGAUAUAAUUCUGGCAAAUCAGACAGUGAGGUUGAUUGGAUGGAAGAAAAGUAAGCAAAUAAAUCAAAGUAAAAAA